CACAUGGAGAAGCAACUGGGUUGGUGAGAUUUUUUCAAAGCCUCGUCUCGGUGCCUGGAGACGCUUGAAGGGACAUGGCGAUGAACGCGACUGAGAAGAUUUACCUUCCCGUUGACGGCAUCCUCGAAAUGUUCAACUCUCUCACCGGGCGUCACGACUCAGACAUCACGCACUCACUUCUUCAGGGCGCUGCCCUCACGCCCGGACCGCAGCAUCCCAAAGUCUCAAACAUAUCGAAGACGAGCAUGGGCAUCAUCAAGACGGUUAAAGGGCGCUUGAAACAACAAGAGAAAGGAUCGGUUUCCCCGGGUUUAUCUUCUUGCUCCGGAAAUCGGCAGGUGUCCAUCGAUCGACUCCCGAAGAGGUCCAUGAAUCUGCUGGAGCUGGGUCUGACCAAGCGCAGGAACUGUCACAGAAUAGUUGUGCUCGGCGCGCCCAAAGUGGGUAAAACCAAAAUCCUCCAGCGGUUCUUGGGUAAAGACUUCGAAGAGCAAUACGAGCCCACGACCGAGGACUUCCACAGAAAGCUGUUCCACAUAGGAGGAGAGACGUAUCAGAUGGAUCUCCUGGACGCCGCCAGUGAGAGGGACUUCCCCGCGAAACGGAGGCUAUCCAUACUGACAGGUGACACCUUCCUGCUGGUGUUCAGUUUGGACGACAGGGAGUCCUUCGAAGAAGUCUGCGUGCGGCUCGACGAGAUCAAGGACGCCAAGGCGAAGUUACUGAACUCCAAGCAUCCCGCGAGGGCGCGAGUCGUGGUCUGCGCAAACAAAGCGGACGUCGCCGCACCGAGGGCCGUCCGACGGUCCGAGGUGACGGAGGCGCUCGGCGAGGACGUCGCGUUCUUCGAGACUUCCGCCAAAGACGGCGCCGGCACGGAGGCGGCCUUCCGGGCUCUCGCCGCUCUCUGCGGGCUGCCGGACGAGACGAGUCCGUCGCGCCACCAGCUCGUCUCCAUCCUCAGCUACCAGUCGAUGUGCGUCGGCCCGCGGGGCUGGAGAGGGAGCCGGGGAUUCGGCGCGCCCUGCGCCGCCGUGGACCCGCUGGCGCGCCGCCCGAGCUUCACCAGCGACCUGCGGCUGGUGCUCAAGUCCAGCACCAAACACAACAAACACGAGAGGUGUCAGAUUCAAUGAAUCGUGCGCCUUCUCGAUAAACCAAUUGUAGUAGUAUGCUGCAAUGUUAUAUUAUGUAAGGGGUUAUACUCUGUAGCACCUGGCUGGACCAGUGCUUUCAUCUUUUGUGCUUUUGUAUAUGUAUUUACACAUUCCUAUAAUAAAACAUUUCUAAUGGUCACAAAUGCCUCAUGAGCAAUCAUUCGUGUGAUUUCGGACAUUUUAAGUCACAGGUCGGUGAGACAGAGAUACUGUCGGCCUUG